AUGUCUGGCGCACACGAGAAGCCGCUCAAUGAGCUCCUCUCCCGCUCCAUGGUCGACAUCUAUGUUGGCGAGGAGAACACUCACUGGAUUCUGCACGAGAAGCUGCUGUGCCACCACUCGCCCUUUUUCCGCAAGAUCUUCUAUGCCAAGGGCAGCAACACACAAAGCUUCGGCCUCCCCGAAGAUGACGACAAUGCCUUCAAGACAUUUGUUGGAUGGCUCUACAGCUCUUCGCUCCCCGUGCCCCGCGAGGAGUCCGACCUAGGCGUGCUCUUCGAACUGUACCUGAUGGCCGAGAAGUUCCAAAUCCCCAAUCUCAUCGCCGAUGUCCUGCAAGUUGUGCGCGAAUGGUACAAGUUCAGCGACUCGUACCCCGGUCUCCGUCGCGUGCAGUACAUCUACGCAAACACCGAGAACGGCAGUCCCAUGCGCCACAUGCUUGUCCAUUCUAUUGCGCGCAUGAUGGUGCUCGAAAAGGGCCUGCCUGCGCACUGGGACAAGGCUCUCCGCAAGAACGGCCAGCUUGCAGUCGACAUCAUCUGCGCCAUCCAGGACUGGAGGCUGGACGAGGAAGUCGUUCCCGACGCGCGCGACGAUCCGGCCGAGGGCGAGGACCUCAUCGAUGUCGACGAGCAGAUCAAGCAGAACGAUGCCGAGCUCGAGCAAAAUGCCGACAUUGAGGACAACGCGUCCGAGUCUGUCGACGGCGCCGAGGGCGAGGAAGUCGAAGCCGAGGGCGAAGAGCAGGAGGCUGAGGACAAGGACAACGAUGACGCCGAGGAGACCGACGACACGGUCGUUGGCAGCCCUACGCAGAGCAAGCACGACAUCUCGAAAGACAGCAAGGACCAGAAGGCCACCAACGGCACACGAAACAAGGUUGACGACCUGAAGAAGGACUUCAGCAAGUUCAGCCUCAACGUUGUUCCCAACGGUCUCACCAACGGCGACUUCGGUUCGCUCAAGGCGUAA